UGCGGGCAACAUCCCCUAUUUUUGUCUCUAGAUAUAAGACGCACACCAAGAGAUAAUAACUCAUCGUUUAUUUACCUCAAGGGUCUUUACCUUCGAUGUUAAACUCUAGUACUCGUUUUUCAACUCAACUAUUUCGAGAAUGCCAAACGAUACUAUCCAACAUCGUGACUCUGGAGUCCCAGUUGAAAAAUCAUCAAAUGAACCAACAUCCCAUGGAAGUUCAACCUGGCGCAGAGGAGUGUCAUCAACUAAAGCAGCAAGUGAAGACGAAUUAAAAUACACGCGUAAUCAAGUCUUAUCACCAGAAUAUGAGAGAGAUUACGAAAUUGCUCAACAACUGUUAAAAAGCAUUCGGGUAUCCCCGACCCCAGCGCCAAAAGAAAAGUCUAAAAGCCGCUCUAAGAAACGUCACGACAGCCAAACUUCGAAACUGCCCCUUCACUGUGGCUGUUCCUCUUCCACAGAUCAGAGGGUCGAAAAAAAUCUCAACAAAUCCGACCGGAGAAUCAAUUCUUCCCGUCGGACUCGCAGUGCCGAUAGGGUCGAGUCUCACUACACUUACAUUGAUGCUCCUGUAAGUGGCCUGUCACGCGAAGUGACAGAACAUGCCUACGAGACAGUCCCCGAAAUACCCAAUACCAGUGAGAAUAUGAACACAAUACACGACAGCCAUUUACUUAAUCAGAAUGCUCCCAAUUACUCCCAUCCGGUAUAUUCGAUUCCUUCGAUGACAUCGCCGCCGCCCACCUACGACGUCGCUAUCAAUAAAUCUUCUCAGAACGGAUUGCCGCCAUCUUAUGGAGAAUAUCUGUAUCAGCACUACAAAAUGUAUGAACGAUCUCACACCCCACCGCCACCGUGGUCAGACUCAACCUCGACAAAUAACAUGACGAGCCCUUAUAUCCGUCAAGGCCAAGGCAGAGCAUGCACCAUUCACUCGCAUAAUACUGAAAACAUGGGAUUUUGCACACAUGCACUGAAAAAACAUGUUAAGCAACAAAAAAUACGUGCAAUGAGUCCUAGAUCAUCGAGUGAAAGUCGCGUCCAGCAACGAAGAAUGAACGAAAUGUACGACGGAGCAUUUUGUAUGGAAACAGCCGUCAUCACGACCGCUAUUGAAAACGGAGUCGCAUUCUGUAGCAUUAUGUAAGAAAAAAUAUUAUAUAUGAAAAUUUACAAUACCUAUAGUACGUAAAGAUAUAAAACAUAAAUUACUACCACAUUCUAACGUACUCUGGCUGGACCAGGUGCUAUUAUUUG